AAUCUAUAUAAGGACUACAACCCGCAUGCGCUCAGCGACAGUUGUUUUUUUUCGUUGAUGAAGGGAUGUCGCGCUAUAGCCGUUACGGUGGAGAAACAAAAGUGUACGUUGGUAACUUAGGAACAGGUGCUGGUAAAGGAGAACUUGAAAGGGCUUUCAGCUACUAUGGACCAUUACGUACUGUGUGGAUUGCACGAAACCCUCCCGGGUUUGCAUUUGUUGAAUUUGAAGACCCAAGGGAUGCUGAAGAUGCUGUUCGUGGUCUAGAUGGAAAGGUGAUCUGUGGUUCUAGGGUUAGAGUGGAAUUAUCAACUGGUAUGCCUCGUAGGUCUCGCUAUGAUAGACCUCCAGCUCGACGACCAUUUGAUCCUAAUGAUAGAUGUUAUGAGUGUGGCGAGAAAGGUCAUUAUGCUUAUGAUUGUCAUCGUUAUAGUCGUCGGAGAAGAAGCAGGUCACGGUCUCGGUCUCAUUCAAGGUCCAGAGGAAGAAGAUACUCUCGCUCACGCAGCCGAAGUCGUGGCAGGAGAUCCAGGUCUGUCUCAGCUCGCAGAUCUAGAUCUCUGUCUCCUCGUAGAUCCAGAUCUGUAUCGCCACGUAGAUCCCGUUCAGGUUCUUUAAAAAGAUCAAGGUCUCGAUCAAGAUCCAGGUCGAGGUCGAGGUCCGUUUCACGUCCCAGAAGCAGCCGCUCUAAAUCACGAUCACCAUCUUUAAAGAGAAGUUUUGAUAUGAGCCAUUUAUAUCCAUUCUCCAUUAAUUCACGCCGUUCACCAUCGGGAAGCCCUCGAAGAAGUAUCAGUCCUGAAAGACUGGAUUAGAAUGGCAAAGAACGUGUUAGGAAAAGUAUUGUUUACGUAAUUUUAAGGGAUUUCUUUAUUGAGAAAUGUAAGGAUUUAGUUCGCUGAAGAAAAUCUUUUCUAGGAUUAAUGCAGCAAGGAUCUGGAUCUUUUAGUAAAAUCUGUAAAAGCUGCUACAGUAGACUAUAGUGCACAAUUUCUUGUAUGUAACAACAUCCUAUGAUCUUAAAAAUGUCUUUUUAUGGGCACAUGAAAUAAAAUGUGUUUCUAACUUUGCUAUAAUGUUAUUUGCUUCUGUUAAUAUUUCAAGUGCAUGUUAAAAAGCAAACUCCAAACAAAUGCCUUAGUGUUGUAUCCAAAUGCUGUGCAAGGAUAUAUUAACUUGUUACUACUAGACUGCCCGCAGUAGACUUAUGUGGUUUAGGCACAAUCUUAAUGACUUGAAAUGGUGUAUCAAAGAAGCUGCUUGUCUGGUUUUGUACUAUAUAUUGAUAUGAUCUGUUAAUUCAUACUGCAGGAUGCUAUUGUGUCUUAAUCCAGGCACAGCUAACUAUUUAAGGAUAAGCCCAAGACAAAUUCAGAUGGCCACUUGGCUCCAGUCUGGAAUUAUUUAACAAAGCGAUUAGGUACUUCUUCUCUGUCAGAUAAAGUAUCAUUUGGGCAAGAGCAGUAUUAUUGUUCUCCAAAACAAAAUUUUAAGACAAAAUUGUAUUAGGUCUGGUCCCUUGUACAGAAUUCACUGAGAACAAUUUUUGUUAUCUGUCAAAGUUGCAAGGGAUUAUUAAAAAUUAUUAAUUAUUUAUUAAAUAAUUUGUUAAAAAUUAUUUAAAUUAAAGCAGUUAACCACUCUUUUACAGAACAAACAUAGCCUUAAGGUUUAUUCCACAUUUUAUUUCUUUAUCUCCUUUUUCUCAUGAAAUUCAAUAUGAAGUUGGUGCCUCUUAUCCCUAAAUUAACCUUAUAAAAUAGAUGAAAGUGACUGAUCCAAAAUCACUCAGAUUCUAUGGCUAAGGGAAAACUUAAAUCUGGGUCUGAUCCUAGUCCAAAAACUUCCACACUGCACCACACGCUUAGCCUCUUAUAUGAGGAAUAAAACCACUUCCAGACUAUUAAAAAUCAUUUUCUAUUACUAGACUUAGUGUUAUAGCAAACGUCUUAGGAAGAAAUUCAAAAACAAUUCAAGUAACACUAUGCAACAUCUUAGUACAGCUAUACUGUUUCCCAAGAUUGCUUGUGUCUGCUUUAAGAAGCAAUAUGUCUCAAAGUACCUUUUGGAGUUUAAAAGCAAAAUGCUGCAUGCCCCUAGUUGUCAACACUUCAAGUAUUUCUACAAAGAGACACAUGGCUUCAGCUACAUUUCAAUCUUUAGGAUUGCAGGCAUUCUGCAAUAAAAGGCAAGAAUUUGCAAGGGCAUUAAAUAAGUUGACAAUGUUUUUUAAGGGAUGCUGUAUAAUUUAAUGCUUAGCAUGGCUACAGUAUCUCCCCAGUUAUCUGAUUGCAUUUCCUUGCCACUUUUUAAAGUCCUUCCUAUUGGCCACUGUACUCCUAUAAACUAAAUAAAUUAUAAAAGGUGAAGUACCUUUCUGUGUUGAGAACAAACUUUUUUUUAUUGAAAUAAAGCUUCAAUAGCUACUUUGACACAAAUUCAUUUGCAUGCCAUAGACUAGCUUCCUUUCUGAAAACUGCCAUUAAUUGCAGACUUAAUUUACCAUCUUGUACUGCGUUCAUAUAGUGAUAGAAUAUAUACUGCCUUAUUUAUCAACUAUA